AUGCUCUGGUCAAAAUUAGCCCUUGUGGCCAAUGUCUCUGCUGCCCUAGCAGCGGCUACUGGGCAACACAGUUAUCAGGAUGGAGGACAGCAAGUCCUGGGAGGCGCUGACUCUACCAAGUUCAAGUGUGACCUUCCGCCAGUCCUCGAUCCCUCAGCAGAUGGAUUGCCAUCUGCAAGGGACCUCUUUGAUAACAAGAAGGCGUUAUCCAAGCAGGUCGAAAGGCAUAGUACCAUUGUAAAGAUUCCGUCGGUAUCAUACGAUGACAAUGGAGAACCCGGUGACGACCCAAGGUGGGAUGUCUUCUACGACCUACACGACGCUCUCGCAGAGCUCUAUCCAUCUGUUCAUGCCCGUAUGGCUCGGGAGACGGUAAAUACCUUUGGGCUGGUUUUCAGUCUCAAGGGGACAGAUCCCUCUUUGAGGCCGAUACUGCUUACUGCUCACCAAGAUGUUGUUCCCGUAGCUGAUCCAUCCACGUGGAAAUAUCCACCCUUCUCAGCUCAUUUCGACGGCAGGUGGCUUUGGGGAAGAGGAGCCUCCGAUGAUAAGAAUAGCUUAACUGGCAUCUUCUCCGCUCUGGAGACUCUCCUGUCUAACCCCCAGUGGGUACCACGCCGAACCAUCAUCGUCGCUCUCGGCUUUGAUGAAGAAUCUGGGAGCCGUGGUGCCGGCUCGAUUGGGCCGUUUUUGGAGGAACGGUACGGCCAGUAUUCUAUGGCUCUUUUGCUCGACGAAGGUGGUAUGGGACUUGAGUUGCUCGAAGGCAAUACCCUUUAUGCUUUGCCGGCUGUGACAGAGAAGGGGCAUGUCGAUGUGUGGAUCGAUCUCCAGGUUAAUGGCGGACACUCCUCCACGCCAUUCCCUCACACUGGCAUUGGAAUUCUCUCAGAAAUCGUCGUCAAACUUGAGUCGAACCCUUUCAAGCCCAAAAUCAUUAAGGAUUCGCCGAUUUACAAUCAUUUUGCGUGCCAGGCGAGAUACUCCCCUGACGCGGCGCCAAAGAUUACGAAGUUAAUCAAGAAGGGAGAUCUUCAUGGACUCGCCCACGAGCUGGCAAGCAUUGACCGGCCAACGCAGUACCGCGUGCAAACGUCUCAAGCUGUCGACCUAUUCAAUGCAGGUGUCAAGAUUAAUGCCAUGCCCGAGAAGGUACGCGUGGGUGUCAACUACCGCGUAGCACCGCACGACACGGCUGCCGAAGUCAAGAAAAAGAUCGUCCGUGAGAUCAAGCCGAUUGCAGAGAAGUUCGGCUUAUCCAUAAGCGCAUACAAGGGAGAGUCUGCCUUUGAGGAGUUCAAGCCAGCCUAUGAGGUCGAUUACAACGGGACGUUGACACUCACUGCGACCGCAGACACGAAAAAUGCGCCAGUAUCACCUACUAGUGGACCGGUAUGGGAUGUCUUCUCAGGUACAAUCCAGCACACAUUCGCUUUCGAGCACGGAAAGGUUGUCCCGGUAGGCGAACUCAUGACCGGCAACACGGACACUCGAUGGUAUCUCAACCUUACGAAGAAUGUGUACCGAUGGGUGCCGACGCGCAAAGGCGGAACACAAAAUGCGCAUACAGUGAAUGAGGCCAUUGACAUGCAUGCCCACAUAGAGGCUGUCAAGUUCUACUACGAUUUGGUGCGCAACUUCGAUGCUUCGGACGCGUAA